AUGGAGCUGGACCCGAACAGUCAAACGCUGACGCCACUUCCCGAAGUCCUGCAACGGGGCCUGACUGCCGUUUCUUUCUUCGGCUUCCUUUCGUUCAUCACAACAACAGCACUCUUCUUAGUCUUGACCUAUCGGCUGAUAAUAUGGUAUCUUGCACCGGGCCCGGACCGGCCGCAGCGCAUGGCGGAUGAGCCGAACGCGGAUGCCGUCCUCGCCGAAGAGAUGGGUCUUCCGGAGACGAUGUACCCGGGCAGCAAGAAGAACAAAGUCAAGAGAGACGCACCUAACCAGUUCCUCAUGCUCAUCUACAACCUGCUGCUCGCCGAUAUCCAGCAAGCUCUCGCUUUCUUACUCAAUGCGGCAUGGCUCAAUAAGGGUGGAAUCAUCGUGGAGAGCACAACAUGCUGGGCACAGGGCUGGUUCAUUUCGACGGGCGAUUUAGCUUCCAGUGCUUUCAUCACCACGAUUGCCGUUCACACCUAUUUGUCGGUCGUCAGAGAUUAUAAGCUUCCGACUUGGGCAUUCUGGUGCAUGAUCGGAUCUGUUUGGUUCUUUAUCUACGCCUUGGCCAUAGUCGGCAUCAUCAUCACCAACAACGGGGCCGAUGACGGCGGCCUCUAUGUCCGCGCUGCUGCAUGGUGCUGGGUGAAUGUCCGUUAUGAGGCGAUGCGUCUGUACCUUCACUACCUGUGGAUGUUUGUUUCCUUUUUCAUCACUGCAGUCCUCUACGUCCUCAUCUUCAACCACAUCCGGCGUACCGACCCAUCUCUCCAACUCCCUUCCUCCUCUAACAACACUACUUCCUCCGCCUCACAGAGCAACCGCGGUCGUAAGCUCAGCCAUGCACACACAAUGUCCCAGUCCGGGCCACCAAAGAGCUCCCACGGCGAAGCAUCGGCGUCUAACCCGAGCAACGCUGGACAUCACCCUGCUUUCCUCAUAUAUCCCAUCAUUUACAUCCUUUGCACGGCACCACUAGCGUUGGGCCGUGUCAUCACAAUGGCCGGAAAGUCUGUCUCGCUGGAAUACUUCUGCCUCGCUGGUGCAAUGAUUGCAUCCAAUGGCUGGCUAGAUGUUCUCUUGUUCUCCACCACUCGUCAUGUCAUUAUCUUCAAUGCCUCUCCAGACUACGAAGAGACGGGCAUUGAGACCUUCGCCUUCAUGCGCACACCCGCUAACCGCCGCUACGGCAACAUGGUGUGGGUACAGGGUGCCGGCAGUGCACCUAACAAUCUAUCUGCGGACGAGGGUACAGGUGGUUGGCUCUGGAAGCUGUUCCGCCGAGACCGUGGUGCGGGUGACUCGAAGAGAGAUAGACGUCGCAGUGGAGCCCAUCGGAGCAUCAGCCAGGAGUCUCUAAGGAGACGAGCUGGACAGAUGGAAGGCAUUCAGAUGGAGACGGUGACAACUGUCGUUGUAGAGAUGGAAGGUCACUCGGGAGGGAAAAAGGUUGAUGGAAGGCCGCUUUCCAUUGAUACGAUUGAAAAGGAGAGGGCACAGAGCGUGGGCAGCAUGUGA